GGCAUUGUAUUGCUCAAUAAAGGUUUUUUUUUUUUUUUUUUUUUUUAUUUAAAAACUGUGUCGCAAAAUAGUCACAUAUGUUUUUUGCUCUUAUUUUGAAGGUCAGGCAUGCAAACCGGAAGUCUUAUCCUGAGAUGACGCUGAUUAGAAUACAAAAACAUUCCGCCCACAUAACAGACUUGACUGAGCGCUGUUCAGUCACAGCAGCAGAGUUAACUCUGUAAAGUAAAUACACUAAGAGAUGGAGACAUUACACAGUGUCCUGGGCUUUGAGUGGAUGGACAGCAGGAGUGUUUUGAUAUUUCUGUGUGUCUUUCUGUUGUUGGCUCAUGUUUUGCAGAACAGAGCGCCGCCAAACUUUCCUCCAGGACCGUGGGCUCUUCCUUUCAUUGGCGACCUUUUUCGCAUGGAUCCCAGCAGGAUCCACCUGCAGAUGGGAGAGUUUGCAGAGAAAUACGGAAACAUUUUCAGCCUCCAGAUCUUUGGUGGAAGAGUUGUAGUCCUGUAUGGCUACAAGCUCGUGAGAGAGGCCCUGGUCCAAAGAGGAGAGGACUACACAGAUCGCCCCUCUGUGCCACUGUUUGAAGCAUUAGUUGGGAGAAAAGGUCUGGUGAUAUCGAACGGCCCUCCAUGGAAGGAGCAGAGGAGAUUUGCUCUUCGUACACUCAGAAACUUCGGUUUGGGCAAGAAGACGCUGGAGACAUCCAUCCAGCAGGAGUGCCAUUAUCUCAUUGAGGCUUUUGCCCUUGAGCAAGGGAAGCCGUUUAACACCCAGACACUGAUAAACAACGCUGUGUCCAACAUCAUCUGCUGCCUGGUGUUUGGAGAACGCUUUGAGUACACUGACAAGCAGCACCAGAAUAUUCUUCAGAUCUUCAACGAGCUAUUGUACUUACAGGGAGGUGUGUGGGCACAGAUUUAUAAUGUAUUUCCCUGGCUGAUGAAGUGGCUGCCUGGACCUCACAAGAGGAUAUUCACUCUGACACAAUAUAUUAUUGACUAUGUACAAGCCAAGGUCAGUGAACACAGAGGGAGCUUUGACCCGUCCUCACCAAGAGACUACAUCGACUGCUUCCUCGCUGAGAUGGAAGAGGUGAGUGACAAAGAUUCUGGUUUUGAUUUAGAAAAUUUGAGUAUUUGCGCUCUGGACCUGUUUGGUGCUGGAACUGAAACCACGACCACGACUUUACACUGGGGACUGCUGUACAUGAUCUACUACCCUCACAUACAAGAGAGAGUCCAGGCUGAGAUAGAUACUGUCGUUGGUUCAUCCAAACAGCCCUCGAUGACUGACCGAGAAAACAUGCCCUAUACUGAUGCCGUCAUCCAUGAGAUCCAGAGGAUGGCCAACAUUCUUCCCCUCAAUGUGAUCCGCAUGACAAGCAAGGACACCACACUGGACAAGUACACACUGCCAAAGGGCACCCCUGUCCUGCCCACGCUGAUCUCGGUUCUACGUGAUGAGACGAUGUGGGAAACGCCACACUCCUUCAACCCUCAACAUUUUCUGGACCAGGACGGCAAAUUUAGGAAGAGAGAGGCCUUCCUCCCCUUUUCAGCAGGUAAGCGUGUGUGUCUCGGGGAGCAGCUGGCCAGGAUGGAGUUAUUCCUCUUCUUCACCUCCCUCCUUCAGAGGUUUUCUUUCUCAGCACCUGCUGGAGAGCAGCCCAGUCUGGAUUACAAGUUAGGAGCCACUCUGUGUCCCAAACCUUACCGCCUCUGUGCCGUACCACGAUAAACCACCGCCUGCUUCAAACUGAACCAUCACCAACACACAGAGUCCAUGUGUCUAACUACAGCUAUCUUGUGAUGCAUCAAAAAGUGGUUAUAAUGAAAGAUAAAUGGAAACUUCUUCCUCUUUCUUUAAUAGGUUGUGUGACUGUUGUUAGGAUGGUGGUUCUUCCUACAUUACUUUACCUGUUUUAGAACAUUCCUAUCUACUUCUUAAGACUCUAGACUCCAUCAUUAUGCCCUUUGUCUGGGCCAACAAGCCUUCUUGCAUCUCUAAGACACACCUACAGAAGCCCUCGGCCUGCUUCAAACUGAACCAUCACCAACACAGUGUUUGUUCCACUGCAUGUAUCUUGUGAUGCAUCAAAUAUCUGCUGUAUUGUUAUUUUACUACAGUGACAGGGCUCAACACUAAAACUAACUAACUUUUGAAAGUGGUUGCCAUUUUAACUCCCCUUUAGUUAUCCAUCAUGCAGUUAUACUGUACGUCAGCUUAAUAAUGAAAAUGUGACAUAAAAUAAUGUUUAAUGUUUUAUCACAUGAACUGAACAAAAUUCUUUUUAGUUUGUGUUUUGACACUUUAUAGAAUUUGAAUCUCAUCAGUUAACGUGUCAUCUCGUCAGUGGGAGUGCCAGCUCUUGCAUCCUCCCCCUCACUAUAUCGUCGAGCUCCAGUGGUUGUCUAGCCCAGUGGUUCCCAGCCGGUCCAGCCACUGGGUCCAGAUUUGUCCUCAGUCAUUAGUUCAAGGUCCACACAGUUUAAUAUAUUCAGCGUCAUACUUGCCUUUGGCCAUGUUUUCAAGCUAGUGUGCUGUCUGCGUCAAGUAGCUGUCUGUUAGUCACUCACUCUAGAGCAGGAAAUGGCACUUCAAAAUAAAAGCUCUGGCCCAGAAAUUCACUGUACUUCAAAAUAAAGUGUAUUCUUUACAAACCUGAUACAUUUGCGAGUCGCCUGCGGUCCAUUCAGAAUGGACCCACAACCCACUUUAGGACCGCGACCCACCAGUUGGGAACCACUGGUCUAGCUUCAUGGUUCUGUAGGAUGUUCAACCUUAAACUAGUGAACUUAACGUGUCACUUAUCGAGGUGUAAGUUGUACAUGCUUUGCAGUAUAACUUUACGUCGAGUGUAAAGAUGCCAGGACACGUCCCCUCACAAGACUUUCACAGAGUUGCCUUCUGUUUUUCAGUCAGGUUCAUCUGUUUAUUUGUCAGUUGUAUCAAUUUGCACAUUAGUUUGGGAUGUUGACAAGUUAGUCGAGCUUUUCAUGCAACUUAAUUUGCUUCACCAUUGGCUCUUAAACAGGUGCCUGUAUGCAUGAGUUAAUGCACCACUGCACAUGCAGCGCUGCCUGGUUCUGACUAGAGCAGCAGGAUUUACAGGGACAGUUCACCCGAGAAUAAAAAACAUAUUUUCCCUCUUAUCUGUUACUGAUCAGUCUAGAUUGUUUUGGUGUGAGUUGCUGAGUGUUGGAGAUAUCAGAGACGUCUGCUUUCUCUUGUACAUAAUAUCACUAGAUGACACUCGGAUUGUGGCGCUUAAAGCACCAAAAAACUACAUUUAAAUCAGGAGAGACUUUUUCUGAGAGAUGAUUUACAUUUACAGAAGUAUGAGUAAUGUGAAAAGCAAUUUGACCCCAUCGUGAUGUCAUCUAUUCCAGGAGGGUGGUAAAGACAUGGUAGAUCAGGAAGUCUAGUUGCUGGUGGUGAUGAGUUGAGGUGAGGUGAGGUGAGGACGGAGCUGAGGAUAUGGAUGUGAAGAGGAGUGGGCUUUUAAUGAGCUUGUCCUGGGCUCUGGAUGAGGUGGCAGGAGGUGAAUGGGGUGCGAUGAUUCCCCUAAAAUGACAGCUGAGAGGAGAAGGGAUUUAAAGUUUGGCAGCAGCAGCAUGAAUGGCUGAAGGAGAUCAUGGCAAAGUUUGAUUGGCUAACUGGGAAAGGGAACACCCAGAGUGGAAGUGGGAUAGAGAGAGAACUGUGAAUAAGUGUGGCAUAAAGAACGUCUUCCUGAUUGAACUAAGGCUGAGCUUCAUUUGAGAAACUCAACAGCAAUGUCUCUGUCCAGAAAUCAU